UUAUUUCGCUACGGGCAAAUAUUAACUUACCCUUAACCAUACACCAACGUAAGGAGGUUAAACCAGUGAAAGCUGUAAAGACAAUUGUCCUUUAUAGAACUCUAAUUUAUAAUGUGCGGUAUUUUAGCCUUAAUGUUGGCUGACCGACAUGGUCAGGCUUGUCCUGAAAUCUAUGAGGGUCUUUACAGUUUGCAGCAUCGUGGUCAAGAUGCCGCUGGUAUCGUUACUGCUGGUAAUAAGGGCCGUCUUUACCAAUGCAAGGGAUCGGGCAUGGUUUCCGACGUGUUCCAUCAAUCUCAGCUUCGCCAGCUCGUGGGUAGUAUGGGUAUCGGCCAUGUGCGUUACCCCACUGCUGGAAGUUGUGCCAAUUCCGAAGCUCAACCGUUUUAUGUGAACUCCCCUUACGGUAUAGUUCUGGGUCAUAAUGGAAAUCUGAUUAACGGACCUGAUUUACGUCGUUUCUUGGAUAAGGAAGCUCAUCGUCAUGUCAAUACCGGAUCAGAUUCUGAGCUCUUAUUGAACAUAUUUGCCUAUGAGCUCCAACGUAUGGAUAAAUACCGUAUCAACGAAAAUGAUAUCUUUGAAGCUCUUCGUAAUGUCUACGACAGAGUCAACGGUGGUUAUGCAUGUGUCGCCAUGAUUGCUGGUUUUGGUGUUUUAGGUUUUCGUGACCCUAAUGGUAUUCGUCCUUUGGUCAUCGGCGAACGUGAUACACCCCAUGGAAAAGACUACAUGCUUGCUAGCGAAAGCGUUGUCUUGACUCAGUUUGGAUUCCGCAAUUUCCGUGACAUUCGUCCUGGCGAAUGUGUUUUUAUUCGUCGCCCUGAUCGCGAUGAUCUUUUGUCCGGCCAAAGAGGUCCUACCCUCUUUAGUCGUCAAAUUGUUCCCUGCAAGCGGUUCCGACCUGACAUUUUUGAAUAUGUCUAUUUUGCUCGUCCUGACUCUGUUAUUGAUGGUCUUUCCGUUUAUCAAUCUCGACUUAACAUGGGUGAGAAGCUUGCUUACAAUGUUAUGAAGCGCUUUGGAGAAGAUUAUGCUAACAAGAUUGACGCUGUCAUUCCUGUGCCUGAUUCCGCUCGUACUAGUGCUUUACAGCUUGCACAAACAGCCAAACUACCUUACGUUGAAGCAUUCAUUAAGAACCGUUAUAUUGGCCGUACUUUUAUCAUGCCUGGCCAGCAAAUUCGCCGCAAGUCUGUUCGUCGUAAGCUGAACGUUCAACUUCAAGAAUUUUUCAACAAGAAUGUCUUAAUCGUUGACGAUAGUAUUGUUCGAGGAACUACCUCCAGAGAAAUUGUCCAAAUGGCUCGUGAGUCUGGUGCGAAGAACGUGUACUUAGCUAGUUGCGCACCCAUGAUUACUCAUCCUCACGUGUACGGUAUUGAUCUUGCUGAUUGCAAAGAUUUGAUCGCCUAUGGAAAGACCGAGGCAGAAGUCGCCGAGUCGAUUGGAGCUGAUGAUGUUAUUUAUCAAUCUUUGGAAGAUUUGGUAGCUUCUUGUACCACCGAAAACGUCUCAGACUUUGAACUUGGUUUAUUCAGCGGUGAAUAUACUACUGGCGCAAGUACCGAAUACCUUGUUCACCUUGAACAUAUGCGUAUGGUCAACAACCGUGCUCGCAAGAACAGUUUCGCUGAAGAUGAAGAGCGCGAAGCUCCUGACGAUAUUUCCUUGCAUAACACCCAUUCUGAUCCUUCUCUUGAUUAAUUGUAGAAACCCCCCAUUUUUGGAUAUCUUAAAAGAUAACAGCUUUUCUAACGAACCUCAUUCGCUUAAUUCUCCUCUAUACCGUUGUACAUGUUUAGAAUUUAAGCAGGUAAUCUUCAAGAGUAUAUCAUAAUAUUUUAACGCUCUCGUUUUGUAAUUUGGCUUUUCUUAAUUUUUUAUAAUAAUGCUUGGAAUAAAG